CUGCACGUUGUCACUCUCUCUCUCUCUCUCUCUCUCUCUCUCUCUCUCUCUUAGGCACGAAUGCAGCCAGUCCUGGUUUGGACCGGGUCCCGUGUGGAGGUCAAUGUCCCGUCUGUCGGUGCCAGUACACCACCCGUCUCACCGCGGCGACACCUCGCAUGGAACCAAAUAGUGCAACAGAUUUUUUUUAACUCCUUCUUUUAUCCCUUCAUCCUUCUACUAAAAGAUGUCAUCGAAGUUAUCUGAGUUGAGUCUAUUGUGUUGUUUUUUUGAUUUUUUUUCCAGACUAAACUAAGUUGUUUUUUGUUGAGAAAUGUGGCACAGACUGUCACUGCUGGUUUUAUGCUGUGCUGUAAGUGGACUUGAUGCUCUGCAGGCGGACAGAGGAGCAGAGCUGGAGAAACCGAACCGGGAUGCUCCUCCUGCAUCCCAGUCCCCGGGGAGAGACGCUCCUGCUGUGGGGAGAGCUCAGCAGCCCACCGCCGAGCCUCUGGAAGAGGAGCUGGACAACCAAGAGAACAUCAUCAGCCAGCUGCUGGGUGACUACGACAAAGUGAAGACAGUGUCCUCAGGGUCGGACUGCGUCUGCCGCUGUGUCGUCCGACCAAUCAAACGCUCCGACUGCAGCCGUGUCCACGACAGUGACCCACAGUCACCUUCCCAAGAUUCUUACAGCGUGGAGACGGUCACCAAGGGAACGGACUGCAAGAAGUGUGUGUGCAUGGCUCCUCCUUCAGCCGUCAACCCCUGUGAAGGAGAAUACAGGUUUAAAAAGCUGCAAGAGGCCAGCAAAGAUGACAUUAAGCUGGCGACCAUCAUCGACUUGUUGGAGGGCUCUCUGUAUGGAAUGGACUUGUUAAAGCUCCACUCUGUCACCACCAAGCUGCUGACCAGGGUGGACAACAUGGAGAAGGCUGUUGCCCGUAAUUUUACUGAGAGAACGAGAGAGAAAGAACGUGUCAAAGAAAGAGCAAAAGAAAAGGAGAAAGAGAGGAAAGCCCAGCAGAAAAAAAAGAAAGUGAGUGAUUUGGAGCGUGUGGGACAGAAAAGUGGAGCAGCUGCCUUUGUCAACAAGCAGAAGAAUUACGAUGGUCAGCUGAAGAAGAAGCAACAGCAAGAUGGACUGGAACAACAGCAGCCGGCCAGGAACAAGACAGGUCCUCAAAAGCCAAUCAAAGACAGGAUGGAGCCAAAGCAACCUAUCACAGACAAGAACGGCGUGGUCAUCAGAGGUGUGACCUUCUACAAGGCGGAAGGAGAGAGCUACGAAGAGGAGGAUGGGAAAGGGGAAGGAAAAAAUACAACUCUCUCUGCAAAUGCUUCAGUGGACUUACUGAUCCCUGAGUCACUCCAACCUACCAAGACUUUUCCCAUCAAGAGUCCAGGACCUUCAACCAACGUUAGCACACAGCUAGAAUUUGAGGACCUAUCAAGGAGGCCGAGCAGGCCUGUACCCACCCAGCAACCAACUGCUCCCCCGACUACCAUUCAACAAACCACAACUACAACCAAACCAGUUCCCACCACCAUCAAACCAAAAGAUUAUUCAACCACUAACUUACCACCAACUUCAAAACCAGCGAAAACCAAACGGACCACUACCACCCAACCAACUACAACCGAACCAGUUCCCACCACCAUCAAAGUAACGACUGAAUUAACCACAAACAUACCACAAACAGUUCCAAAACCAACGACAACCAAACCAACAACUACAUCCCAACAAACUACAACUACUAUUCGGGCCACCCCGCACGUCAAUCAGCAUACCACCUCACCCUCAGAUACCAAUAUAGGUCCUCCCAUUGACAGGUCCCCCACGGCAGACUCUCGGCCGGGAUCCAAAAGUCGACUCAGCUGGACAGAGAGCCCCGCUGACCAACCAAAGACCACAAAAAAGCCUGCAGUGUGUAAGGACACAGUAGCCAGCAUCUCUGAACCGGUUCAGCUGAACUCUUACGGCUCUAGUGACGGAGCCUGGAUGAGAGAUGGGCGUGGCCACGGCAACGUCAUCUACCUUACUAAUGGUCACUACGGCAACAACCUCCUAGAGUUCCGAGACAUGGACACCUUCAAAUCAGGUCAGGCGAGUAAUUCGUACAAGCUUCCCUACAGUUUCACUGGAACCGGCCACGUCGUGUUCAACGGAGCGUUCUACUACAACCGUGCCUUCAGCAGGGACGUCAUCCGAUAUGACCUGAGACACAGAUAUGUAGCUGCCUGGACCACUCUGCAUGAUGCUAUACUGGAGGAGCAAGCUCACAGGACACAAACUGAAUUGGAGUUUGCUGUUGAUGAGUCUGGCCUGUGGCUGCUCUACCCCGCUCUGGACACGGAGGGCUUCCACCAGGAGGUUAUGCUGCUCAUCCACCUCCGCCACCGAGACCUGCAGCCCAUACAGAGCUUCCGCACAGGUCUUCGGCGCGGUCGCUACGGAAACAGCUUCCUGGUGUGCGGCGUGCUCUAUGCAGUGAACAGCAUGGAGCACCACUAUGCCAACGUGACCUACGCCUUCGACACGCACACACUCACGCACACGAUGCCGAGCCUGGCGUUCACUAACGUGCACGCUCACACCUCCCAGCUUGCUUACUGCCCACUCGACAAGAAACUGUACGCAUGGGACAAUGGACAUCAGAUGACGUACGAGAUCGUCUUUGCCUAUUAGCGCAACAAAUGGACACAAAGUUGGAGGAGUCAGCAGCAGUUGACUGAUCCAGCCAACAAUUAAAUAAUUAUAAUAAAUGAGAAAAUGUUUUUCUUUGUAGAUGACUGUGGAUCAGUCUAACUGAAUGUGUUUUUAUAUUGACCUGCUGCUUUUUCAUACACACCAAAGUCAGAGUCAAGCAGCCAGAGCAGCACUUAACUCAAACGGAGGAAAAAAGCGGAAAUAUAUUGGCAUUUGGAAAAAAGACGAAACCCCCGGGGUCAAAUGAAUGAUUGUAAAUAAAUGCAUUCACAUAUUUUUCUAUUUCCGCAAAAGUAAAGUUCUUCAAUCGAGUUUUAUUUUUCAUAAAUGGUGAUCCCUGUGGAUGAGCGUUAUGUACGUGUAUGUGUUCACACUUUAAUUUAACAUAUUACAAGACACACAAUGCUCAUCUGCCAAGCCCUCUGCCUCUAAAGUGGAAUUGAUCUAGUCAGUAAUAAAUAUGUGUUUUUAACUCUUAUUAAAGAGGAACUUUGCAGUGUUUAGGGGGAAGAAAUAUUCAGCUUGUCUGGGAGAAUGACGUUCAUGAUGACAUCAGGGUUAUUGUCCCAGCCUCGGCUUUAAGACUACAAUGUAUGAGCCUGUGUUGACAUUUUGUUUACCUUGAGUUGAAAAUAAAAAAUAAUCCUUACUUUAGCACUAGCUUGUUUAUAACUUCCAUGCUCAAAUGGAGGUGUGUAGUUAGAAAGUAUUUGGGCAUUGACCAGGCAGGUUGAAAAGAUGCUAUUGGUUGCAUUGUGGGAGUCUUAAUGGGGCUAAAAGUCAAGAUAUCUUGCAUCACUGCAUCAAUUAUUACUUUAUUUUUUCUUCAUGGAACUUCAUGGAAAUGCAACUGGUAAUUGUAGAGUUUCCCUUUAAGGCAAAACAAUCUCAAUUGCGACUCUACACAUUAAACAAUGACGCUCUAGGUUCCCUUCUAGUGUCAGUUUUUCACACGUCAGGGAUUGAAUGUCACUUUCAGCUUGUUACGGGUGCAGUGUUUUCAAAAUAAACUUCUGUGUUCACAGGAAACAUACGUUCUUUGUCUGUUAAAAUGACAUGCAUACAAUGUAUUUCCAAAAUAAACUAACUUAGUUU